AUGUACCGAAAAAACGGUGCGGUCAGAUUUGACUUACAGGGAGGCCAGGACCCACUCCUGUUGCUGAAAACCCUUCAGCUUCUCUGGACAAAGAAAGAGAUGAAGAAGCUCAAGGAAGAAAUCAGGCGGGGCUUUGCAGGACUGGAGGACCCAUUGGCAGGACUCCUGGACAUGCUGGAGAGCAGCAGUGAUUGGAAGGGGAAAGGGCAUUCCCUCGGGUAUUACAUCACCACUGAGUUCCAGCUCUGGAUAAAAGAGCACCCUGCUGUUCAACAGCUGCAGAAGCUGCAGGCCCGUGUACUCCGAAUACUAGCCCAGUGCCCAGCUAAUCUUCUUGACCCUCUGAUUAGCAUUUACCAGCUCCAUACAGCCGACCGGAACUAUUUGCUUGGACACGUCAGUCAUCUUUAUCACAAGGGCGAUUACAAAGAGCUGAAGCAGUUGCGAAUCGCGGCAGCCGGGAGCUUUGCAGUGAGCUGCUGGGAGGGCCGCCUGACGGGCGUCGUGGGGGCGGCUGGGAAGUCCUCAGCUGUGCUCAGGCGGUGGUGGGUUUGGUGGAAGAUGGCGCAGGUGGGAUUUAGCGGCUGUGGUGAGGAGGCACCUGCGGGGAGCGCUGGCCAGCGGAUGGCACUAGUGCUCCCGGGAUGCAGGAAAACAAGCCGAUACAGUGAGAGUUGGAGGAAAACGCAGGGGCGCGUCAGUGGGUUUUUGAGGCGUCUGGCCUGUUUAGGGGUUUUAUCCAUUCCUUUGCGAAUGGAGUUGCAGCUGCUGGAGGAGAAUGGCAGCGUGGGGCCUUGCAGGCUGCUCUGGGGCUGUGCGAGGAGCUCCCGGGUCUGCUCUUCGUGGCCCACACGGCGGGAGGAGGCAGAAGGGUUUAACAUUCCUCAGGCAGCCAUACUGAGUAUUAAGCUAAAAUUACAGCCAGAUCAAGAUGUGGAGAAGAUGUGUACACCACUACUGCUCCAAGAUAAAACUAACUUGGUGGAAGAAUAUGUGGGAGAAUAUCCUGAGCUCCAGAGCAAGCUCUUGCAGAUCCUGGACACAUGGUGUGAACCUGGUUUUAAUAUCAGAGACAUCACAAGACAAUAUCAAGGCCUGUCCAGGUACAAACCAGAUAAAUUUAACCGCAAAAUGCUAAGCAAGCUGAUCUUCAGGCUCCUAGACCGAUUUAAUGUAGAUCCAG